GCGGCCAAUGUAAACAUGGCGGUCCGGGAGGCGCAGCGAAUCGGCGGCGGCGCCAGUGAAGUCAUGCUCGACGCGAAGCUGGGCGGCAGGCGGCGGAGGUGGGUAAUCUCGCGAGAACACAGCCGCCUUGGCUCGGCCCGGAAGCCUCAGGGCGGGCGAGAGCCAGUGGGGCCGUCCGCCUGCUGCCGUGUGCGUAAGUGGGGCAGCGACGCCGGGCGGCUACGCCGCGGAAUUGGCGUAGGUGGCUUUGGAGAAUCCGGCGGCUGCGCCGCGCCGGGGCUGGUCGCGGAGGGGGAGGGGAUGUCGGUCAGUGCGAGAUCCGCUGCUGCCGAGGAGAGGAGCGUCAACUGCAGCACCAUGGUAGCUCAACCGAAGAACCUUGAGGGCUAUGUGGGAUUUGCCAACCUCCCAAAUCAAGUGUACAGAAAAUCUGUGAAAAGAGGAUUUGAAUUCACACUUAUGGUAGUAGGUGAAUCUGGACUAGGAAAGUCAACAUUAAUCAACUCAUUGUUCCUCACAGAUUUAUAUUCUCCCGAGUAUCCAGGGCCUUCUCAUAGAAUAAAAAAGACUGUACAGGUGGAACAAUCCAAAGUUUUAAUCAAAGAAGGUGGUGUUCAGUUGCUGUUGACGAUAGUUGAUACUCCAGGAUUUGGAGAUGCAGUGGAUAAUAGUAAUUGCUGGCAGCCUGUUAUUGACUACAUUGAUAGUAAAUUUGAGGAUUACUUAAAUGCAGAAUCUCGAGUGAACAGACGUCAGAUGCCCGAUAACAGGGUGCAGUGUUGUUUAUACUUCAUUGCUCCUUCAGGACAUGGGCUUAAACCAUUGGAUAUUGAAUUUAUGAAACGUUUGCAUGAAAAAGUGAAUAUCAUCCCACUAAUUGCCAAAGCAGACACACUCACACCAGAGGAAUGCCAACAGUUUAAAAAGCAGAUAAUGAAAGAAAUCCAAGAACAUAAAAUUAAAAUUUAUGAAUUUCCAGAAACAGAUGAUGAAGAAGAGAAUAAGCUGGUUAAGAAGAUAAAGGAUCGUUUACCUCUUGCUGUGGUAGGUAGUAAUACUAUCAUCGAAGUUAAUGGCAAAAGAGUCAGAGGAAGACAGUAUCCUUGGGGUGUGGCUGAAGUUGAAAAUGGUGAACAUUGUGAUUUUACAAUUCUAAGAAAUAUGUUGAUAAGAACACACAUGCAGGAUUUGAAAGACGUUACUAAUAAUGUGCACUAUGAGAACUACAGAAGCAGAAAGCUAGCCGCAGUGACUUACAAUGGCGUGGAUAACAACAAGAAUAAAGGGCAACUUACUAAGAGCCCUCUGGCACAGAUGGAAGAAGAAAGAAGGGAACAUGUAGCCAAGAUGAAGAAGAUGGAGAUGGAAAUGGAACAGGUGUUUGAGAUGAAGGUCAAAGAAAAAGUUCAAAAACUGAAGGACUCUGAAGCAGAGCUUCAGCGGCGUCAUGAACAAAUGAAAAAGAAUUUAGAAGCACAACACAAAGAAUUAGAGGAAAAACGUCGCCAGUUUGAAGAAGAGAAGGCAAACUGGGAAGCUCAACAACGCAUUUUAGAGCAGCAAAACUCUUCAAGAACCUUGGAAAAGAACAAGAAGAAAGGCAAGAUCUUUUAAACUCUAUUGACCACCAGUUAUGUAUUAGUUGCCAAUAUGCCAGCUUGGACAUCAGUGUUUGUUGGAUCCGUUUGACCAAUUUGCACCAAUUUUAUCCAUAAUGAUGGAUUUAACAGCAUGAAAAAAAUUAUUUUUUUGUUGUUGUUCUCGAAGGAGAUUAAGAUGCCUUGAAUUGUCUAGGAUUUUGUGUACUUAGAAAUUAACAGCUCUGAGUACCUUUCUACAUUUUCUUUUUUUCUUUUUUUAAAUUAAAAAGAUGUCUUCAGUUUAAUGCAAGAAAACAUUUUACUGUUGUACAAUCAUGUUCUGGUGGGUUGAUUGUUUACAGAAUAUUCUAAAAGGACUCUGGAAGGUUUUCAUUGAGGAUAAAUUGCCAUAAUAUGAUGCAAACUAUGCUUCUCUAUGAUAAUUAUAAUACAGAGGUUCCAUUCGAUGCAGCCUAUACAAUAAUGUAUUUAGUCUAACACAGUGGACCCUAUUUUUUGACACUUCCAUUGUUUAAAAGUACACAUGGAAAAAACCUAUAUGCUUACAGUGCACCUAGAGCUUUUUAUAACAGCCUUUUUUGUUGUUUGUUUGUUUUGGAUUCUUUAAAUAUAUAUAUAUAUUAUUCUCAUUUAGUGCCCCUUUAGCCAGAAUCUCAUUACUGCUUCAUUUUUGUAAUAACAUUUAAUUUAGAUAUUUUCCACAUAUUGGCCCUGCUAAAAUAGAAUAUAGCAUCUUUCAUAUGGUAGGAACCAACGAGGAAACUUUCCUUUAAUUUCCUUUUUACACUUUCUGGUAAGUAGCAGGAGGAAAAAUGCAUUUGUAGAUCAUUUCUAGGCAAAUUGUGAAGCUAACGACCAACCUGUUUCUACCUAUACUCAGUCUUUUGUUUUACUAGAAAUGGGAAUCAUGGCCUCUCGAAGAGAAAAAAAGUCACCAUUCUGCAUUUAGCUGUAUCCAUAUAUUGCAUACAUGUAUUUUUUGUUUGUAUUGUAAAAAAAAUUCACAUAAUAAACAAUGUUGUGAUGUAA